UCUUAGCUCUCAGCCACAGCUGGAGGGGAGAGAGAAAGAGAAAGAGAGAGAGAGCAUCUUCUGGAUUCUGGGAUCAUGAAAGGCUUGAAGUUGUCUCUCCUGGUGGUCCUUUUCCUAGGGCUAUUCCUUCAUCACAGCCACUCAGCUCGAGGACCGAAUAUAGGAGGACAGGAUUGCUGCAAUGCCUAUAUAAAAGGAGCCAUUCCCUUCUCCAGGCUGGUGUCAUGGUCCAAGACUUCAGCAGAUUGUCGCAAGGAGGCCAUUGUGUUUGUUACUUUUCUAAAGAAAUUCGUCUGCGCAAACCCCAAGGAAAAGUGGGUGAAGACAGCAAUCAAGUUAUUGCCCAAUGACAAGCAGAAGAUUGACUCCAAACCUGAAAUUAGCUCAGGUCCACAAAACUCGAGUUUAUUAAGCCCAACUCAAUCCAGUCCCCAAAUACCAUCCAACAACUCAGCUCAACUCCCCUCAAGAACCCAGCUGAACCCCUCCCAGCAAACCAAUUCAACUCAACACCUCAAUUCAACAUCUCUACUCAAUAGCUCUAUUCAUCUGAAAAACUAAACUCGACACCAACAGUGGUGUUAAACUGAAUUGAAUUAGAGUCUAUGUGGGCAGGAGAAAUUUGUAGGGAGAGAGAUGGGGAAAAUCACUGGUUCAUUUUGUUGUCACUGUUGUUGUUCUGACCAUGGUCCCUCUCUUCCCUUGUUAUUAAAGUUUUGCCUCUAUCGACA